AUGCCGGUAUCCGCACAGAUACCUUCCUCAGCUUCAUUGACCAUCGGCGUGCCAUCUCGGCUCUAUUUCAAACCCACAAAAGACCGGCCGCUCGCUGGUGUGCGCAUUGGAGUGAAGGACAUCUAUGCACUCGCCGGUGUCAAGCAAUCAAAUGGCAACCGCGCUUGGUAUGGCCUCUAUCCACCUGCGGAGAGGACAGCCACUGCGAUGCAAAACCUGAUCGACGCCGGUGCUAUCAUAGUAGGCCUCCAGAAACCAUCGCAGUUUGCCAAUGGCGAGACACCCACCGCUGAUUGGGUCGAUUAUCAUGCACCGUUUAAUCCUCGUGGUGAUGGUUAUCAGGACACAGCGUCUUCAUCCGCAGGGGCUGGCGCAUCUGUAGCCUCGUACGAGUGGCUCGACACUGCCGUCGGUAGCGACACAGGUGGAUCUAUUCGAGGUCCCGCUGGUGUUCAGGGUCUAUUCGGCAACCGUCCUUCUCAUGGACUUGUAAGCCUUGACAGUGUCAUGCCUUUAUCACCAAGGCUGGACACCGCUGGUUUGUCGGUCCGCGACCCUUACCUAUGGGACGUUGCUAACGCAGCCUUGUAUGGAGACAACUAUACCUCUUUUGGCGAUAACAAACCGAAAUAUCCCAGAAAGCUAUAUGUCCUUGACUUCCCCAAAACAAAUAGCUUGGCAGCACAGAUUCAGAGGAAGUUUGCCACCAGCCUAGCGUCCUUUCUCAAUACUACUGUCACGGUUCUCGAACUGGAUGAGGAAUGGCAAACCUCUGGCCCGGCAGAGGUAAAUGGCGCCAGCAUUACUCAGCUCCUGAAUCUCACUUACACCGCAAUGAUCACCAAAGAUCAGACUCGACUUCUUCGUGGUCCCUUCUUCAGCGAUUAUACAGCCGCCCAUAAUGGACGUCUUCCCUUUGUGGAUCCGGUCGUGCAGGCUCGCUGGUCAUGGGGAGACGCUCAACCAGAAAGUUUAGUCACCGAGGCGAUCGCCAACAAAACGCUGUUCAUGAAUUGGUUCAACGAAAAGAUUCUCCCUCCAGACCCUGACCCCCUCACCUGCUCCUCUGCUAUCCUUCUCCAUACAGAUAGCACAGGUUAUCUGUCUGCUCGCAACCGGUAUCUAAGCCCACCUGCUUUGCCCUUCGGCUUCUCAAACAGCGAAAUUUCGGUUUUCACGGAAGCUCCUAAUAGCGUCUUCCCGGUCGGCCAAGUGGCGUCCUUCAGUUCUAUAACUAACCAUACCGAAUACCUUCCGGUAACGGUUGAUGUUAUGGCAACUAAGGGUUGUGACGGAUUGAUCACAAAGCUAGCUCAGGAUCUUGUUGUUGCGGGAGUCAUGACCAUUCCCAAAGUCGGAUCAGGGCUUGACGGAGGGGAAAUUUUGUUGUGA